AUGAGUAAGGCAGUUGUUGCGGCCCUGGAAGACGAAGGGCCUAUGUCGUUGACGACACGUGACCUAAGAGCGAAAGUGUGGCCUCGAUUUUUCCGGGCUCGCUUACCCAUCGCCCCACAUUGCCCACACAGAGUCAGCCCCGACUCUGCUCUCACACUUCGCCUUUCAGAAAAAUUGGCCUCCUGUCACCCCUCUCGAAAUUUCAACACCCUCGACUCCCCCGGUAGGGUCAAUCUGCGAACUCAGAAGCGCCUUGCCGCGUCGGUCAUCGGCUGCGGUGAGCGCAAGAUCUGGCUCGACCCCAACGAGGUCAACGAGAUCUCCAACGCCAACUCUCGCCAGACCAUCCGCAAGCUCGUCGCCGAUGGCCUCAUCAUCCGCAAGCCCGUGACCAUGCACUCGCGGUCCCGUGCCCGUGAGCUGAACUUGGCUCGCCGCAUCGGUCGCCACCGUGGCUUCGGUAAGCGCAAGGGUACCGCUGAGGCCCGUAUGCCCAGCCAGGUCCUCUGGAUGCGCCGCCUCCGUGUCCUUCGCCGUCUUCUGGUGAAGUACCGUGCCUCCGGCAAGAUCGACAAGCACCUUUACCACGAGCUUUACCACUCCAGCAAGGGUAACGCCUUCAAGCACAAGCGUGCUCUCGUUGAGCACAUGAGUGGUGGGCUGACGCCGGAUACCUCACAGAUUCACCGUGCCAAGGCCGAGAAGGCCCGCGAGAAGGCUCUCAAGGACGAGAUGGACGCCAAGCGUGCGAAGACCAAGGCUGCCCGCGAGCGCAAGCAGGAGAGACAGACGGCGAAGAGAAACGCUCUGUUGGGCGAGGGCGAGGAGGAGGCCAAAUAG